AUGCACUCGCAUCACAUGAAGGAUGACCACUCACGGGUAGUUGAAAAGGCAUUCAUGAUGGCGGAGUUGCAGGAAUACGAACCCCUGAUUGCGGCCGGCCCUUUUCCACCAGGACAUGUAGAAGGUCAAAAGGACAAGCCUAUUGAGGGGCUGCUGCUGUAUGACGGCUUUACAUGCAAGCUUUGUCACAAGUCUUGGAAAACCAUGAAAAGUGUCAUUAAUCACUUUAUGAUUCACCAUAAAUGUGACUUUGAAUUUUAUUCACCUGCAGCCCGACAAAGGCGUGUCCACAUCCAGGCUGACAAAUGUCAAGGAUUAUAUGGACAUGUCCAUCGCCGUUGGUUUCCAGUGCUCCCGUACAUUAGGCAACACACCGAAUUCGACCUGCCCCGCGAUAAUCAAACACCUACCCCUGAACUUGGCAGAUCAGAGGCUGUCACGCUGCUGUUGGAGAAGCUGGAAUCAUGUGCGGCAGAGGAAGCUGAGCAAAGCCCUGACUCGUUAUUCGACGAGGAUAUGGCCAACUGGGUCUAUGUGACUGGGAUUUAUACCUAUACCCAAGGAUUAUUGGCUAGUGGGAAAAGCUGUGAGGAGCUGGUGGUAGCAGGUGCUGGCAACGAGAAUGUGGAGUCCAUGGUGGCUUACAUAGCAACAUGGAUUAAUAAUACUAUGAAGCGGUUGCAUAAGACUGGCCAGCUACUGAAACGUAUGUGUAUGGCAGAAACAUCUGAACUUGAGGACAACAAAGCACUCAUGCCGCUGCAAGAAAAGGCAUCAGUUUUCAAGUAUGCGCGCAUAUUGGCCACCUUCAUGUGGUUCUUGAUUGAGCAGGCAGAGGAUCCCCUGGAUGCUGACAUGGAGAUCCACGAUGUCACCAAGGCCCAGAUUUUGGCACUGCGAGAUGUUGUGCUACACCUGACUGCCCCGGAUACCGACCCCUCUCAACUGGAUUUCAUGCCAGCCACCGAGGAUCAUGUGUCUAGCCAUGUGUCUGGAAUCCUAUGCUCUGUCUUUCAAACGUAUUGUGGGGGAUGGGCCCAACAAUAUCAACUACCUCCAAUGGCAUUCAUAGCCUUAUCAGUUUUUAAAGAAGAUGGGACUUAUGACAGCCCCAACCUCAUCACGCAUCUGAUUGCUGCCAUGCAGUAUGGCACACGCUUGGCCUUUGCUGAACAGUACCUAGAUGAACCCCGACCACGCUUCAACCCGGCUGCUGAUCCAACGGUGCCCUUAGAGGACAAUACUCAAAAGUUUGAAUUUCUUCGAAAGGGUGGACCUGGCCCAUUUAAAUACGUUAGGCAACUUAUGCAUCUAGUUAGUACUGUAAUCUUGUCUGAGGCGCUUCCGGACACCACCUUUUGGACGGACCACGAACAUGAAACUGUUGAGGUUGAUAAUAAAGUAGUUACUGUCACCGGCAUCCGAGAUUGCAUACAUUCACAACAGAAGCGUGCGCAAGAAGACUUGAGUCAACUUUUGAAAGGAUGCAAGAUGCCACUCUUUGACACAUCAUUGUACAAAGAUGUGGCAAAUUUCAGACAGCCAGGCACCAAUUUCUUGAAUCACUCGGGAUUGGAACAUAGCAAGUAUGGACUUCAUUUGUUGAAAGAAUGGACGAGGAAGAAAGAUGUUCAUGGAUUGUUAGCUGAGCGAUGGGAAUCCAAGCUAGAUGAGGGAGUGACUGUUUAUGACAAGAGUAUUUGGAAGGCAUCAGCGGUGUGGGACUGGUUGGAGAUGUAUGACAAUCUGCAGGAGCGGCUGUACUUUCUAUAUCAUGUUGCAUCCGGACAGCCUAUGCAUGGAAGAGAGGAGGCGUCAUCUUUGUUGGUCAACACUCGACUGGAUCAACGUAAUCUUUAUCUGCGUGGUGAUUCAUUUGUAUUCCUGACGUGGUAUCAUAAAAGUCGAAAUAUCACUGGCAAGAACAAACCAAGGAUGACAUUCCUCCCUAAGAGUCAUACCUUUAUAUGGUUCUACUUUUUAGCGUUCCUCCGUCCUACAGCCAUAUUUUUCCUCAAAGCACUUGGACAGCCAGAGCGUGCUAGGGACAUGGCCACCAAAGUCUGGGGAGGGGUUGCUGGUUUGGGAAUCCAAUCUUGGAGACAUGUCUCAGUUGCCAUUGUUGAUGCGCACAUCAAGCUGCACUGCAACACACUGCUUGCGGAUGAAGAUGACAUGAUUGAUUGUCAAAGAGGACACAGCACCUUCACUGCGAAUUCUGCCUACGGUGGCACUGGAGGUUAUCAUGUGGACCGGAAAUCUGAAGGCCAGUACUUACAAGCAAGUGCAGCAAUGCAUCGAUUCUGGGAGAUUGAUGGAAUCCGUCAGACUGGUUUUGCGCCCCCUGCCACGGACAAGCCCAUUCCCUCCGGUGAACUGAUCAACACUGCCCUUCAAAGGUAUACCGGUGAAAAGCAGCCACGAACACGAGGACCGUUUCAGUCCAACUGGUUGGCCAUGGUAUUUGACCGUCAUUACGACAUGUUAGUAGUUGCUAAAACUGGUGGUGGGAAGUCAUUGGCAUACAUGCUACCUCCGUUAGUCGAGUACAAAGGGGUGACAGUGAUUGUACAGCCGUUAAAAGCGCUGGUAAAUGAGACCGCUGAUGAAUUACGUCGAAUGCGUGUGUCUCAUGUGAAGUACAAGAGUGGCGACAAGAUAGCUAAUUGGACUCGAGCUGUUGUGUGUACAACCGACAAAGCGGCCACAGAAGAAUUCUUUGAGGCUAUUAGGGGUUUGCAAAUCAACCGUGUCAUCAUAGAUGAAGCCCACUGCUACGAGGACGAUGUAAAUUAUCAAGGUUAUGCCCCUGCUGUUGGAAGACUCCGCAUUCUCAAUUGUCCCUUUGUGUUCAUGACGGCGACUAUGCAAGUGGGGCAUGAGGAUACAUUAUUCAAUGUAUUUAGUGUGCGUCAAGUACAAGUAGAACGGGAGCCAACUGGCCGGCAGGAACUGCGCUGGGAAAUUAUGCCUGGGGACAUGGAUUGGAAGUCCAUGAUUAAACAUAUGGGGACGGUGGCUACUUGGCGCGAAUUGGAAGAACGUGACCGCAACAUUAUCUUUAUUGAAAACAUUGCUGAAUGUGAAUCAACAAAAGAAGACCUUCAAAAGCUGCAUCCCGACCUGAUUACGACUCUCUACCAUUCUAGGCUCAGCCCCGAGACAGCAAAAGCUAAUGUUAUGAUGUGGAAGACUACACCAAAGUGCCUGAUGAUUGCCACCAGCGGAUUUGGAGCGGGGAUCAACUACAAGCAUGUCCGCAACGUGAUGAUUCUUGGUUUACCUGAGGACGGCACAGAUGUCAACAAGUGUUUUCAAGAGGCUGGGCGCGCAGGCAGGGAUACCGCACCGGCAAAUGUGUGGCUUUAUCCAAUAGGCAAGCCGGAAAAAAAUUCAUUUGCAGAGCGCUUGAUUGAAGGACAGAACUGUUUGAUUGGUACCUUUGCGGAGCUGCUUGAUGGGAUGCAUAGGACAUGUGCCGAUGUGGGACGCCCAGCCAAAUGCAACCACUGUGUUGCAAAUGAGAAUGCAAACCACAAGCGCCAGGUAGAGGUAGAAACAGAGGAGGUUAUGCCAGGCACCCGGCCAAUGUAUGAGUCCAAUGUGAAGAGAGCCAAGAUGGCGGAUUUGAUUUUGAAACAGAUUGGUCAUACAAUUCUGAAGUUGCGUAAAGAGAUGGCAGGCAAGUGUGGACACUGUUUUGCCAAAGAUUCAUCACGAGUGACACAUGAAAAAUGUGACGGGAUAGGAAAAUCUUGUGUUAGGUGCUUGGGAGGUCACUGGGUUCGAGAUUGUCCUGUGUCGAAGAUGUCUGACACACUUGGUCAUUAUGGCAGCAAGGCCAGAUUCCUGUGCCACUUUUGUGGCUUACCUACAAAGUGGUUGGAGGAGGAGAGGUUCCACGACACGUCCACUGAUGGGAAGCGCAAAAGCUGUGACAGUGGGUUACAGAACUUUUGUGAACCCUAUUGCUGGUAUUUUUUCCGCCACCGCAAAUCCACCCUUGGUAGAUUGAUCAAAAAGCUUGAGCUCCCUAGUGGGCAUGUACCGGUUGAGAAGGCCACUGAGUGUGAAUUCCAAGAGUGGCUGGGAAUGCCCGGCUGGCUGGGAUGUUUGUGGGCAAACAUGUGUAGUCUUUUUGCUGUACUUCGUGAUGUCCAUAUCCGUAAUCAAGUGUUGUGA